GCUCGUGUUGCAACUUGCACUCGACCCGUCAGCGCUUCAGCUGCACCGUGGCCUUUCCACCUUCUACCUGUUUGACCACGUUUUGUGGCAUUCAGGCUCUGAACUACAUAGCAGCAGUUCACUUCUGCUAACGCAUACAUUAUGAACACUCAUACGCAUACACAGAGAUCGACGGAGGCCCCAAUGGACUUCCAGUUUACGUCUCGACCCAGCAGUAAUGCAAAGCCAGUCUGGGCUAAUAAUGGCUCGAAUGCACCCCGAAAACGUCCAUUUGAUGACCUCCAACCCACGAGUCCGGCAAUUCCUCAGCCACCUCAAACUCCCAUAUUUGGAGAAAACCGGAACGUGCCAUUCAUUUUUCAGGCUCCAGCACUGCAGACUCCUCCAGUCCACCCGUGGGUGCCUCCCGUGAAUUUCUCACCUCAGAAAGCGUUUCCUGUGCAAGAGCUGCGCGAUGUGGAUAUGUCCGAGCUUAGUCCUCCUAAAGCCGAGGCUUCUGAGAAAGAAAGCGGAAGAAUAGUUGCCACAGGGGCGCUCAGAAGGGUCUUCAACUCGAGGCAGAAGGCUCGUACAAAAAGCCAACACGUUGUAUCAUUACGUGACGACCUGGGGUACGGCAGCGAGGAAGAAAUUGAUGGCGAUGUAGAUCAUGUACCCGUGACACAAAACACGUCAAACCACUACACACUCAACAUGCCGGCUAACCCAGCGCCACGAACAGACACGCCACAGGUUCUGCUAGGAUAUUUACAGUUCUUCUUUAACCUGUCUUUGGUCAUGGUGUUUCUUUAUCUUCUAGUGCAGUUCAUUCUCACAGUACAACGUGAUGUUGCACACCGCAUCUCAGAAUAUUCGAUGGAUAUCGUGCAAGAGAUCGGCAUGUGUGCGACGCAAUACAGGAACAACCUAUGUGAAAGCAACCCUGUGCCUGCCAUGAUCCAACAAUGUGCAUCUUGGAAAACAUGCAUGGAUCGCGACCCAAACAUGGUUGGCCGUGCUCGAGUAGGUGCAGAACUCAUUGCGGAUGUCAUCAAUGGCUUUGUGGAGCCUAUUAGUUGGAAAACAUUAGCUUUUACGUUGACGUCACUAACUUUCUUGACGGUCUUCGUGAAUUCGUUGUUCUCCCUGUAUCGCUCACGUCACGAAGCUGGACAUUCUCGGACAAGUUAUCCAGUCGCCCCUCAGUUUCCUCAUCAUUACCUCCCUUCUGCGCCGGCACCUCGGGGUUCUGGGCAUGACGAUAUCUUCGGAGAUGCACCUCGCAGAAGGCGUGGAGAAGACGGGCAGGCGAUUAAAGUAAAAUGACUUGUUUCUUUACUCUAUCAUUAAAUCUACGGGGGACGGAUCAUUGCAUAGUAUAGACCCACAUCAAGCAUUUUUAUUCUUUGUGAUGAACGUUCCUCCGAUCAAGUCUGAGGCUAAGACUGAUUUAGG